AUGGAGCUGCUUUCAGAUCUACCCGACGAUGUCGUCCGAGAUUGCUUGAUUCGUGUAUCCUACGACCAGUUUCCCACCAUUGCAUCGGUGUGUAAAGGUUGGAUGGUCCAGGUUCAGCUUCCGGAGUUUCAUCGCUUAAGGAAGGCCGCUGGCCAUGCCCAAAAGCUCAUUGUCAUGGUCCAAUCCACCGCCCAACCGGACCGGAAUCUCGGACUGGCAAAAUAUUCUGUUCACCCGGUUCACCGCCUCACUCUUCAUGAACCGGAUACAGGUGCUUGGUGGGAAAUGUCGUUGCCUCAGGAUCCGGGGAUGUAUGACGGGUUGCCGAUGUUUUGCCGUUUGGCGGGCUUCGGGUCAUUUUUGGUGGUGAUGGGCGGGUGGGACCCGGUCACGUGGAAGGUCUCCAAUUCGGUGUUCAUCUACCAUUUUCUUUCUGCCAGGUGGCGGCGUGGGGUUGAUAUGCCAGGUGGGCCCAGGACAUUUUUCGGGUGUGCUUCAGAUUGUGAUGGUGGGAUCGUUUUUGUCGCCGGUGGACAUGAUGACGAGAAGACGGCAUUGAGGUCAGCGAUGGCAUAUGACGUGGCAAAAGACGAGUGGGUUGUGUUGCCAGACAUGGCAAGAGAGCGUGAUGAGUGCAAGGCGAUAUUCCACGCUGGCAAGCUCCACGUCAUUGGCGGCUAUUGUACGGAUAUGCAAGGCCGGUUCGAGAGGAGCGCCGAGGCGUUUGAUGUGGGCGCGUGGCAGUGGGACCAUGUGGAGGAGGACUACUUGGAGGCUGGCACGUGUCCGUCGGCCUGUGUUGGUGUUGACGACGGGCAUGUGUACAUGUGUAGGGGAAGUGAUGUGGUGGCAUCACAGAAAGGUGGAAAGUGGGAAGCGGUGGCCAAGCUUCUUGCUGAGGUGUGCAAUACGGCUAAUACAGCCACGUGGGGAUCCAAGCUGUUAGUGAUGGGGUCUGCAGGAUUUUGUCAGUCCUACGUGGCAUACAUGCUGGAUUUGAGAAGUAAGACAUGGACGAAGUUAGAGACCCCUUGGAGAUAUGUUCAAUUAGGGUGUUACCUGGAGAUUUAG